ACCCUUGUAGAAUACAAGGAUUCAUCAACCAAAGUGUUAAGAGCUCUUGAAUAUUAUUCACAAACUUGUCAUUACUCAAAAGACCCUCCUAGAGAUAGAAGGAAAAUUCCUGAAAGAUAACAACAAAAAUGAAAGCCUCAUUUCUUCAUGAUCUAUCUAAUGGAAUUUCUGUCACCUCAACAUACCAUGUUGGGAAGUCGUCAAAGAGAUAUCUUUUGCCUGAUUCUUGUGGCAAAUACAGCAAGUCUAUCACGAAAUCAAAGCAAAAUAGAGCACCCUUUCAUCACAAAUCUGGAUUCUUACAAAGAUUCCGAGAACAUGUGAGGCUUGGACCAAAGAUAACAGAUACAGUGAAAGGGAAAUUAAGUAUGGGAGCCAGAAUUCUUCAGGUUGGUGGAGUAGAGAAAGUUUUCAUGCAACUUUUUAGUGUGAGAGAAGGGGAGAAGCUGUUGAAAGCAUCACAAUGCUACUUAUCAACCACAUCUGGUCCUAUUGCUGGUCUUCUCUUCAUAUCCACUGAUAAAGUUGCCUUUUGCAGUGAUAGAUCCAUCAAGAUCUCUUCCCCAAAUGGAGAUGAUGUUAGAGUCCAUUAUAAGGUCUCAAUUCCCCUUACAAAAUUAAAGUCUGUCAACAAAAGUCAGAAUGUGGAGAAGCCUUCACAAAAGUACAUAGAAAUAGUAACUGUGGAUAAUUUCGAUUUCUGGUUCAUGGGUUUCUUCAAUUAUCAGAAAGCUUUACGAUGUCUUCAGCAGGCUGUCCCUCAAGCUUAGAGAGAAAAAACUGUACAAGUAAAAUUGUUUGUCCCCUCUGCUUCAUCACUUAUUUUGUGAAGUUGCAGAGGUUCCUAAAAUGUACAAAUACUUUACAUAAUUUUGUAAAUGAUAAAGACAAAAACUAGUUGUUUAUUAAAACUUUUGGUUCCAUUGUCCAACA